UUACUGGGUAGAACAAAACAAAAACAAACAGAGCGAGAGAGGCCAGAGAGGCGCUGAGGAGGCAGCAGCGGUAGCAGCAGCCUCGGCGGCGGCGGCGCAGCGGCAGCAGAGCGAGGCGCGGGAGCGGUGCGAACGGCCGGCUGUGGCCCGAGGAGGGGAGAGCACACUGCUAGUGGAAUGAUUGUAAUGGAACAUUCUACCAGGAACAAAGAAAGUAACCUCACAAACUAAACAGCCAAUCUGGAUUCCCCACCAUUGUGAGAACUGCAUAGCGAACACUCUUAAUAAAAUACUAGUGCUUCAGAACACUGGGGAAUUCUGAAUGAUUGGAUGAGAUUCUAAAAAAGUACUACCAUCAAUUUGUCUAAUCAGUGCAAGUGUAAUUAAGCAACGAUGGAAGUAGAAAAUGAGCAAGUACUAAAUGUUCAUCCUACAGAAUCUGAUAAUUUAAGUGACUCUCUGUUUUCUGGUGAUGAAGAAAAUGCUGGGACUGAAGAAAUAAAAAAUGAAAUAAAUGGAAAUUGGAUUCCUGCAUCCUCCAUUAAUGAAGCUAGAAUUAAUGCAAAAGCAAAGAGGCGGUUGAGAAAGAAUUCUUCCCGUGAUUCGGGGAGAGGAGAUUCUGUUAGUGAUAAUGGAGGCGAGACCCUAAGAAGUGGAGUUACUGUACCAACCAGUCCAAAGGGGAAGUUGCUGGACAGGCGGUCCCGGUCUGGGAAGGGAAGGGGACUACCAAAGAAAGGUGGUGCAGGAGGCAAAGGUGUAUGGGGUACACCUGGUCAGGUGUAUGAUGUGGAAGAAGUAGAUGUUAAAGAUCCCAACUAUGAUGAUGACCAGGAGAACUGUGUGUAUGAAACGGUAGUUCUACCUUUGGAUGAAAGAGCAUUUGAGAAGACUUUAACACCAAUUAUACAAGAAUAUUUUGAACAUGGAGAUACUAAUGAAGUUGCAGAAAUGCUAAGGGAUUUAAAUCUUGGUGAGAUGAAAAGUGGAGUACCAGUGUUGGCAGUAUCCUUGGCCUUAGAGGGAAAGGCUAGUCAUAGAGAAAUGACAUCCAAGCUCCUUUCUGACCUUUGUGGGACAGUUGUCAGCACAAAUGAUGUAGAAAAAUCAUUUGAUAAAUUGCUUAAAGAGCUACCUGAAUUAGCAUUAGAUACUCCUAGAGCACCACAGUUGGUGGGACAGUUUAUUGCUAGAGCUGUUGGAGAUGGAAUUUUAUGCAAUACCUACAUUGAUAGCUACAAAGGAACUGUAGAUUGUGUUCAGGCUCGAGCUGCUCUGGACAGAGCUACAGUGCUUCUGAGUAUGACAAAAGGUGGAAAGCGUAAAGAUAGUGUGUGGGGCUCUGGAGGUGGGCAGCAAUCAGUCAAUCAUCUUGUUAAAGAGAUUGACAUGCUGCUGAAGGAAUACUUACUUUCUGGAGAUAUAUCUGAAGCUGAACAUUGCCUUAAAGAACUAGAAGUACCUCAUUUUCACCACGAGCUUGUGUAUGAAGCGGUUGUGAUGGUUCUGGAGUCAACUGGAGAAAGCACAUUUAAAAUGAUAUUGGACUUAUUAAAAUCCCUUUGGAAAUCUUCUACCAUUACUGUGGACCAAAUGAAGAGAGGUUAUGAAAGAAUUUAUAGUGAAAUACCAGACAUUAACCUGGAUGUCCCACAUUCAUAUUCUGUGCUUGAGAGGUUUGUAGAAGAGUGUUUUCAAGCUGGAAUAAUUUCCAAACCACUCAGAGAUCUUUGUCCUUCAAGGGGCAGAAAGCGCUUUGUAAGUGAAGGAGAUGGAGGUCGUCUUAAGCCAGAGAGCUACUGAAUAUAAGAACUCUUGCAGCCUUAGAUGUUAUAAAAAUAUAUCUGAAUUGUAAGAGUUGCUUAGCAGUUUUUUUUUUAAAGCACUUGUUUUGGGUACAAGGCAUUUCUGAUAUAGUUUUAUAAACUUACAUUCAAGGUGGAUUUUUUUUUAAGUUUUCUUUUUUUUGUGGGUAUAAAAGUUGAGGGAACAGAACAAUAACCACUCUGAAGUGGUAUAUUCAAAUAAGCUACCCUUUUGUAAGUGCCAUGUUUAUGACCUAAUCAUUCCAAGUUUUGCAUUGAUGUCUGACUGCCACUCCUUUCUUUCAAGGACAGUGUUUUUGUAGUAAAAUCACUGGUUUAUACAAAGCUUUAUAUAGGGGGUAAAGUUAAGCUGCUGAAACCCCAUGUUGGCUGCUGCUGUUGAAAUACUGUGCUUUGGGAGAACAAAAAGGUUAUUUCUUUGUUUUAAAGAAUUUUAAGAAAAUGGGUUAGUCAUAAGAUUUAUUCAUCUUUCCAGGGAACAUAUUGAUUGGUCUUAAAGACUAGACAGUUCAGUAAAUGGUGGCUGGAACAUCUAUUUUUCUACAAAACUGGAAAAAUGAACCAGGUUCUGGAAGAAUGUAUUACAAAAUAAAAUUUGUGAAGCAGUA